CUCGGUCUGUCCCAGAAACCGGGCAAACAAGCAGGAUGCACCCCAGCAGCAAGCAGAAGAAGUAACACAGAUGAAAAACCGCACAACUCAAGGCAGAGUCAGUCCGGGGAGGGAGAACGAUCACUGCAUGAAGGGUGAUGUCUGGGUGAUCUGCAAGGUUUCCUGCCAUCCGUUGCAAGUGCCAAGCUGCGGCCGUCAUCAUGAUCACGAUGCAUCCUGGAAGGACGAGCGUCCAUCAGAGACCUGGAGCGGGAUCAGGAGCAUCGUCCGGGCAAUUGUUCUGCAGGAGAAGGGUGCCGUUCACUCAGCAACGAUUCCAGAGCAGAGGCAGCCUGGGAUGCGGAAGUGUAAGACGUGGAAGUCCCAUGAAGGUGGUGCACCUUUAAAGUGGUCAGAUACAGCAGCUGGAAACAUCUUUUUGCCUUGUAUAGUUCCGAGCACAACUUGCUGAAUGCACGUCUCUGUUUGAAAUAUUCAAACAGCAGGAGACGCCUGUUGCGAAAUUCCAGCGGGUAUGUGCGUUUACCAUAGGCAUGGAGAAGCUCCAACUUGUCAUUGCAAUCCAGGAGCUUGAAAAUCACAUGUCACGGCCGAGACUGUACACUGUCGUGAUGAUUUGAGCGUGAGACAGAUGGCGGGUUGGAGCCCAGACGGUGCGCUCGCUCCACCUGGCAUAGGUGUAGUAGUCCCAGGGUUUUAGGCAGGUCACGUUCAUAGAACCUUUGCAGGUCAGAAUGGGGGACUGAUUCACUCACACCCCACUAUGUGUAGGUUGUUGCGUGAGAGCAGUUCUCAAGGUCCUCAAAUUUUUCACAAAUCUGUUUCUGCACGGCGCAGACGGGUCGCCAGCCCGCUGUUCUCAUCUUCCAGGGACACUAUACGCUUUUCCGCCUCAUCCAGCCGAUCAGCAUGGCCAUAUACAUACUUUUGCAGCUUUAACACUGUGGCCUUCAUGGUAGUCUGCAUGGCCGCUUGUACGUCUGGUAAGAUGAGCUGCACCAUUUUAGCAGCCAGUGCCUGCAGAUCUACAGGCCAGGCUUCUGCAGCUGAAGCAGCCUGCUUAUUGAGCUGCAGGCUGCUUUACAUGUCUGGAGGAGCCUCCUCAGCACUGAAGAGGAGCUGACUGCUGGUCUUCUCGUGCGCCUGUGCCAUUGCAGAGCCUGGCGGGACCCCUGCGGGAGAAGAUGAAGCUGCCGGAUUCUGGCUGUUGAGGACUACGUAUCGGUCCAUCAUCUCUCAUGGCUCUAAGGAAGUCAAGUUCGAGUAGAAAUUCACCCCAAAAAUAGUCAGCCACAGUUGUUCAACAGGCCACCUCUGCCUAAAGAUGUUACAGUUCCUACCUGGAAUGGCAGCAGAUGGGAGCAAAUUUCGCAGCCUAGCGCCAAAGACUUUUAUGCUUACCCCUGGGAUACAUCUUGCCUUAAGUCAAUGCCCGUCAACUUGAAGAACUUUGAGAAACUGGAUACAUAUGCUGCGCAGGUGGCUAAACCAAAUACAGUUGAAGAGUUGGUAAAAUCACUGCUAAAGAUGGCACGAACUGACCUGGAGAAAGUCCGUGCCAUCUGGAUGUGGAUCUGUCACCACAUAGAGUAUGACUUAGAGGCUCUGGAAGAUAAGUCAAAGUGGUGUGGUGACCCCAAUCAGAUACUGCUCACAGGGAAAGGAGCGUGUGAGGGAUACGCAAGCUUGUUUGAAAACAUGUGCAGACUUGCUGGCAUCAAGUGCCUAAAAAUUGGUGGCUAUUCUAAGGGUCACAGCUAUGAUUUGGGCCAGACAUUCUCUGACGAGACAAACCAUGCCUGGAAUGCGGUUUAUCUAAACAAGAAAUGGCAUCUUCUGGACUCUACAUGGGGAGCCGGACAUGCAGACAGCAAUAGUAGCAAGUUUAACUUUAGAUACAAUGAAUUUUAUUUUCUGACGCAUCCAGCCUUAUUUAUAGAAGAUCAUUUCCCUGAUAACCAGAACUGGCAACUAUUACAAGUCCCACUCUCACUUAAACAGUUUGAAGGGAACAUACGGCACAAGAGCAGCUUCUAUAAUGCCGGGCUGAUAGCAUCCUAUCCAGAGACUCUCCAGGUGGAAACAGUUAAUGGAAAGGCCAAAUUUUCAAUCGAGGGACAUUUCCCUGCUCUUUUUUCUUUCACUCUAAAUAAAACGGAGAAGCCUGGUCUUCUGACCCUAACUAAACAUGGAAUGCAGCUGGAGGUGUAUCCACAAGCAACUGGCAGACACCGUCUGGAACUUUUUACCAAACUUUAUGAUAGCACAAAGGAAACAUAUGAAAGCAUUGUGGAAUAUAUAAUCUGCUGUGGAUCUGUAGAUCCUGUGUUCAAGAUCCCCAGGGAAUUAGAUGUUGUGGUUGGCCCAAGUUGGCUGACAGACAAGAAGGGGUUUCUGCAGCUUACAUGCCGUGACCCAGUGAUUAACACCCCGGAUGGACGCUGUACUAUCGGUUUCACACUAGCCAAACGAAAUGUUGUAAUAGCAACUUUGCAUAGUGAUCUCAUCAAACCUGGAGAUGAGAGGAGAUAUGUCUUGCAAACCCUCCGAGGCAACAGAGUGGAGUUUAAGAUCCAUUUACCUCAACAAGGCCACUAUGCCUUAAAGAUACAUAAUUCAACUGGCCAAGGAAAGUUUGAGUGUUUUUGCAAUUAUCUUAUUGUGUGUACAAAUCCUGAUGUUGCAUGGCCACCAUUCCCGAAAAAGCUGCAAAACCCUGUUGGGCCAACUGCCCUAAUGGAAAAGAAAGGCCUUCUGCAACCAUCUUGUCGUGAUCCUAUCAUUUAUUCUUCAGAUGGAUAUUCCAUUAUUUCAUUCACAUUAAAAGAUAACAUAAAAAUUCUGACAGCACUUCUGAGCGAUGAUCCAUCUCUAAAUGACUGUGGGGGGAAGCGCAAUGUGACACAAGUGCAAAGAGGGCAGCACUUAGAACUACAAGUCCGUCUACCUCAAACAGGAUCUUACGUUCUUCAGAUAUUUGCUGACAGUAAAACCUCUCCCCCUACCUUUGAAUAUAUCUGUAAUUACUUGAUUUGCUGUUCUGGUAUAGAUACCUCCAGCUCUGAGGCACCUGUCAUACCGCACAUACCAGUGGGUUCAAGCAAUACAACAGAUAAAAAAGGUUUCAUCCAGCCAUCACAGUUAGGACAAGUAAUUGAUAGCCCAGAUGGACGUUGCUCUCUAAAUUUUUCCUUGGAUAGGGAUAUGAACUGUUUGGCUACAUUACAUUCAGACGAUAACAAGUGGAACAGCCAAAUGGAAAGAAGAUACAUUCUGCAAACUCAAAGACAGCGGCAGGUGGAGUUCUACGUCCAGCUCCCAAAAAGUGGCUCAUACGAAUUAAGAGUCUAUGCAGAUAAUAAAUUUCAGCCAGGAAACUACGAGUUUGUAUGCAGUUAUCUCAUUUCAUGUUCAAACCCAAAGGUAGAAUGGCCACCAUUCCCCAACAUAUUGCAAAACCCAGUUGGGCCCACACCAUCAUUAGAGAAAAAAGGCCUUUUGCAACCAUCCCAAACAAAACCAAUAAUCCACUCAAAUGAUGGUCGGUGCUCUCUAUCUUUUACACUCAAGAAAGAGAUGGGGAUAUUUGCCAGGCUACAGUCUGAAGAUGUGCUAUUGACUGAAGAAGGUGAAAGGAGACAUGUUCUACAAGUCCAGAGACAAAACAUUGUGGAGUUUCAUAUACAGCUGCCUCAGGCAGGCAUGUACGUUCUGAAGAUUUACACAGAGUCUGAGCAGGGCAGCUUUAGGUUUGCCUGUAACUAUCUGAUUUCUUGUGUUACUACUCAAGUGAAAUGGCCUUUGCUACCAGUUGAGUUAUGCAACCCUGUUGGGCCUAGUUAUCUCUCUGAUAAAAAAGGACUUCUCCGUCCAUCUCAUCUGGACCCAACGAUUCAUACAGAUGAUGGCCGCUGCUGUAUUAGCUUUGCCUUGGAUGAAAAGAUUGAAGUUAUGGCUACCCUCCAUUCUGAUGAUAUCACAUCGGAGGAGGCAAGAAGGAGGUUCAUUUUCCAAGCAGAAAAGGAAGGCCGGGUUGAAUUUGAAAUCCAACUUCCUAAAGCCGGUAACUAUGUGCUGAAGGUCUGCACCAAAAAGAAGACAGACCUAAGCAACGUUUACGACUAUGCCUGCAAUUACCUCUUAUGUUGUUCCAAUACAAAAAUACGGUGGUCAUUUUUUCCAAUGAGAUAUAGUGCAUGGAAUGUGAAUUAUGAACUCCUGGAACCACGGACUGGUAUCCUGCCAGCCAACAGCGAGGUACAGUUCAGGAUUAAGGCCAAAGGCCUGGCAGCAGUGGUCAUCAAAGGCAAGAACGUUUGGCCUCUGACAUUAAGUCGAGAUGGAUUUUGGGAAGGAGUCUGUAGCACAGCUGGAAGCAAGGACAUACAAGUGCUAAUGACAAAUAAUCUGAACAAGAAUUAUGCUCUAGUACUUAGUUAUCAGGUGAAGGGUGCAGUUCAUCAGCGUUUAAUAGAAAGCUCAUAUUCCUCUUAGCUUCGCAAGUUGGAAAACUCCUUCCAAUUCUCCAGCUCCCCUCCAAUAUGAAUCAUCUUAAUGAGAACACUUGUCAGAGGUGCUAAAACCAGUUAUGAUCAGCUACAUUGAAAGCUUUUGUGUGUGUCAUAUUAAUGCACUCUAUCCUGAUCUCAGCUACAAUUUGGCUGAUAUAGCAUGCUUUUUUAUUGGGGUUAUCUUAGUACGGUUUGUUUAACAGCCACAUUUUCCACAUUCUGUCAACAAGAAGCAGAUGUUUCUCCUUACCACUGAGACUGUAUAUAUCAAUUUGUCAACUAUUAGUGCUGUGUGUGUGAAUGACUGGACAAUAUUACUGCAGAAUGUAUGGUCACAUCAUACCACUGUGAACUGCAAUAAGCAGCCAGCGCAAUGUAUCUUAAAACUGUAUAGGAAUUGAAACCGUGUUUACUGUAACAUAAAUAUAUAUACAUACACUUAUGAUAUGGCCAGUUUUAAUUGAAGGUAUAAACAUUUGUCCAACCCUUAGGAGCAGUAUAGCUAACUCUCAUAUCCCUGGGUAGCUUACUGAUCUGUAUAUUUUUACCUGUCUUACAUCUGAAUUUUGUCCCAAACA